AUGGAUGUCAAUGUGAAGCUCUCAAAAGCAACACACGAAAGAGGCAUCAACGAGCGUGAUUAUAGAAGAAGUAUAGGUUGUCUUCGAUACUUGUUGCACACUCGUCCGGACCUUUCAUAUAGUGUGGGUAUUCUCAGCAGAUACAUGCAGGAACCGAAGGAAUCUCAUGGAGCCGCCUUAAAGCAAGUACUUAGGUACUUACAAGGCACGACGUCCCUCGGCCUUCUGUAUUUACGUUCAAGCAAGCGUGAGAUAACGGGCUAUAGCGACAGCUCGCAUAAUGCUGACAAAGAUGAUGGUAGAAGCACACAUGGUCAAGUGUUCUAUCUCGACGACAGCCCCAUAACCUGGUGUUCAAGUAAGCAGGAGAUCGUCGCGCUCUUGUCGUGCGAAGCGUAA